AUGUCGCAAUUCCGGGCGAAGCGGUUGGAUAUCUGCGGCUACAUUAAUGCUAAGGUGAUCCGUGAUCACACGAAGCGGAAGGUCUUUAUGGAGUAUGAGCCGGAAAGGCAAGCUCUCCGUUACCUCAUGCGCAACACUUCCCUUCCGAUGCGCGUCCGCGCCCAAGCGCAACUUCAGCUUUCUCAGAUGCAUUCCUACACGAGAUCUACGGUAAUCAAGAACCGAUGCACUGCCGGUGGUAUAGCUCGCGGAGUGUUUAGAGAUUUUAAAAUGGCUAGAUUUCAAUUCCGAGAACACGCUUUAGCAGGAGAUCUCCCCGGCGUUCAAAAGGCCAGUUGGUGA